GAGAGAGAGGAGAGAGGAGAGAGACUACAAUUUCCAAGACGCUAUUGGCUGAGUGUUUUUCCCUUCGUCUACCCCUUAGGCCAACCCCACUCCACCGCUCCACUCGCCCCAUUCCCCAAGGUUUUAUUUUUAUAGUGGUUCUCAUUUUCCAAAAGUUCUGUUAGUUCUUGAACUGACGUUUUAAUCCCUGCCCAGCAUCUAGGCUCUGGUCUCCCCUAGUUAGGUUAGAGAAGAGGGGAAAUAGAGCGAUUUAUCUGCCAUUCAAAAGGCCAUCAUCAUAGUCUGUUUCCAUAGAAACUAUUCCUUUUUUUUUUCCCCGUCCCGUCCUCCCCUGCCCCUCACCUAUCCCAGGACCUUGAAAGACUUUUUUUUUUUGGGGGGGGGGGAUGCUCUCUUAAAGCUGAGGGGUCCUUUUCAGAGAAAUGACCUUCCAUCUUCUUGCCCUACGGCUUCGUCGGCUAACGGUUUCAAGUUCACAUUCCCAAAUCGCAACUUCAAACUGCCUAUGAACCCACCAAUCCAAAGAGGAAAGUAAUCGCUUUGGGUGGCUGGACAGAGGAGCGGGGCAUGCAAAAAAUGUUCUCGGUAACUGGGAAGAGGAAGAAUGGAGCAGCUAGGGAAACACUCCACAGAGAGGAGCCAGUGGAGGGCGGGGCCCCUGUUAGGGACUUUGAUGGAGUGGAGCUUGCUAACGCUUGUUUGUAGGGUCUUACCUACAGGCUCCUGGGCUGCUAAGGACACGAGGAAGGGUAAAACAGUAAAGGAAAGAGCAGAUGAGAUUGGUUUAUCUCCAGCCUCAGAAAGAUUCCUCAAGUGAUACACUAUGUGUGUGUUGGGGAUGGAGGUGGGGGCAGAAUAAAAAGAGAAAUAUGAAUACAGUAGAGUGCAUCCUGGGGUCAGGAAGAAUGAAAAAUUAACUUAAAGGUAAAGGAGCUUUGGUGACUCAGAAGAAAAUGUUGAAAUAAAGAUUCCAUGAUAGAACUGUAGGUCUCUAGGUAAAACAGAAAUGAAAAUUUCAGUUCAGGGGCAGUUGGGUGGCUCAGUGAACCAAUCUGGAGGCCUGGAGAUCUGAGCUCCUGGGUUCAAAUUUGACCUCAGACACUUCCCAGCUGUGUGACCCUGAGCAAGUAACUUAACCCCAGUUGCCUAGCCCUUACAGCUCUUCUGCUUUGGAAGGCACAGAUUGUAAAACGGAAUAAGGGUUUUUUAUAAAAUUCCCUUCAGAUAAAUUUUGUUACUUUAUAUUAACUCUUAAAGGUGGGUUUUGAAAUAGAAGGGAUUUGAAACAAGGUAGGUUAUAUAACAUCAUUGAACAUGGAGGUGAAUUAGAUGGUGUUGAAGAGUACACAUGCUGUGAUGAUAUUGAUAGGGACAAAGAUGCCUGAUAUAACUUAAAAAAUUUUUCCCCUUUUUUUAUUUAGAAUAUUUUUCCUUAGUUACAUGAUUCAUGAUCCCCCCCCCUUUUCCUCCCCACUCCUGAAUCCAACAAGCAGUUCCUCUGGGUUAUACAUGUAUCAUUGUUCAAAACCUAUUUCUAUGUUAUUCAUAUCUGUAGUAGCAUAAUCCUUUAACAUCAAAACCCUAGUCACAUCCCUAUCACACUAUGUGAUCGAUCAUAUAUUUUUCUAAUGCACUUCUGUUUCCACAGUUCUUCCUCUGGAUGUGGACAGCAUUUUUUCUCACAAGUUCUUCUGAAUUGUUCUGGGUCACUGCAUUGCUGCUAGUAAAAAAGUCCAUUACAUUUGAUUGUGCAUAAUUUUUUUUUAAUUACUUUGUAUGGGGGCAGCUAGGUAGCUCAGUGGAUUGAAAACCAGGCCUAGAGACAGAAGGUUUAAAUCUGACCUCAGACACUUCCUAGCUGUGUGACCCUGGGCAAGUCAUUUAACCCCCAUUACCUAGCCCUUACCAUUUUUCUUCCUUAGAACCAAUACCUAGUAUUGAUUUGAUUCUAAGAUGGAAGGUAAGGUUUUAAAGAAAAUUACUAUAUAACUUAGAAACUUUGGGUUCUGGUUCUAUCCCUCCAACUAAUUAGAUGUCUAUUAAGCUUUUUUUCUGAUUUUAUGUUGACAUUUUUCUUGGUUAGGUCCUUUGCUUGCCAUGGCAUAACAUUCCCUGGUCCAUUCCACCAUUAUGUCCUGAACUUGUAUAUCACUGUGCUUUAGAAACACAAUCUUAACAGAGAUUAAAAAAAAAGUGUCAUAUCAAAAAUGCACUUGAAUUUGUCCCUGAAAAGCCAUCUCAUCUUAUAAUCUAAACUUACAUAAAAACUAAACUCUUGCUAUCCAAAGAAUUUUUAAAAAGUGGGCCAAACAUUGACACCAGACACAAGCAGAAGUAAAAUAUAGAUGCACUCCUUUCCCUGUUACUUCAUUGUCAGUCAGUAUACUUUGGGAAUGAAGAAGAAAAAUGACCACAUCUGAGAAUUUUCUUCUCAGUAAAUGCAAGUGAUGGAACCACACCCUUGUGAGUUCCAUAGUCUUGUCUGGUUCUGAAUCUCCAUUCAGAUAAUCUCAAAUGCCUAAAACCACCAUAAUCAGUGAAUCCUGUUAGUAUGAACUUUAAAUCACUCCACCCUACUUAGUCUAACAAAAUCAGGAAUGUCUUGUGAACUUUAAAUUACUCCACCCUACUUAGAUCUUACUUUAUGGUGAAGAUAAAGUUUUAAUCUCCUGAUUGAACAAUGAAGCUACUUAGUUCUUACUUUAUAAUGAAGCUAGAAUUUUAAGCUAAGUCUAUUUUUAGAUCUUAAUACAAAAAGGUGUUAAGUAACUAUAAAGGUUAAAUUAAUCACAAAAAAAGUUAAGUAACUCACAAAAGGUGAACUUAACAAAGAAGUAUUAAGUAACUUUAAAGAUAUAAUCUAAUCAAAGAAGAUGAGAACUAAAGAAUGGGCAUUUAGAUGAGGGGACACAAGAGUAAAAGGUCUAUAUAUUUGGCUCACUUGCUCUCUCCAGGACUCUUUGCCUCUUUCCCUAGAGAGGUGGCUCUGGCUGGCAGCAUGCUAAGCGUUCAGACAUCUUGGCAUGGUGGCAGCUAUUGUCCAGUUUGGCAGUGAGUUUUCCCUUGAUACUAUACUGGGAGAAGCUGAGCAACUAGUUCAGGUUCAGGCAUCUUAGCUGAGCCCUCUUGGAGGUUAGGCUGAUUCCUUUCUCCUUUACCUUCCAACACUAUCCUCUUAAAAGCCUCUAAUCUUCCCCCUGGCACAGGCCAGGUGGGAGAAAUCCUACACCCUUUUCCUCUCCGUUAUCCUUAAUUUCUUUCCUAUAUAUUAAUUAAAAUCACCAUAAAUUUCCAGCUGACUUGGGUAUUUUAUUUAGGAUAUCCCCUAGUGACCAAAAAUUAAUUUAGUUAGGUCACAACCCUAAAAUUAUCCUUACAUUAGUAUACUUGGCAACCAGUAAUUGCUCUUCCUUCUUUAAAAAUAUCAUUGAUAAUGUCUCUUUUGUAUGUUGAAGAAAUGAUAGUUCAAUUAAGUGCAGCUGUGACCGUUACAAUGCUUUUUUCUAAGCCUUAAGGUUUCACUUGGCUAGUUGCUAUAAUGUGGUUGUCACUGCCGCUGACCAUGGUGUUGAAAGUUUUUCUAAUAACUGAAGUAACACCUUGGUAUCUUCCCCAAAUAAUUUCAAAUCCUCUGAAACUAUGGAGCAUCAAACAUUAAAAAUGUUUUUAAAACACGUGUAUUGCUACAAAGAGAACAUGUAUUCAUCCUUUUUCUUCUACCAGAAUUUAGCCAGGCUUUUAAAACAACAAACCCAAGCUUUGGUUUAUAAAAAUAUAAAAAUCAGGUACAUGUUAUUAUGUAAAAUAAGUCAUUUUAUCCAUAUCUAUCUUGACCUGACAGAUAUUUUCAGUCUUUUAAGAGUAAUAGAAGUUCUGUGAAUUAGGACUUUUUAUUUGCUCAAAAAAGACUUUCCUCUCUCUUUCAAAGAGCUCUUAGCUCACUAAGGCUUAAUAAAGAAGUUCUUUUUCUUUCCUCUAAUACAGCUUAACUUUUAUUUUUUAUUCAGAAUUUAACCAACACCAAAUAAAAUGAGCAUUUCCUUAUUCAAAGUAAAGUAGAACAAGAGAAUUAUACACAAAACUGAAAGUCUCUCUUAUGUACAGUUUCCUUUUCCUUUCAGGUAUGUAAUAAAUUAAGUAUAUCACUUAUAAAGCAAUUCUUUUGUGUUUUCUUCUGUCCAUUACAAAAAUUAUUUCAGUAAUCCUAUUUCCUUUCCUUUUCAUUUAUUUAUUUUUGGUCAACCCUACUGAUACUCUCCCUCUUCCAUCCCCAAAAGAAGAGAUCUUAUAUUCAUUUCCUUCUCUCAUUUAACACUGCCUUCAUCCUGGUUCAGGCUUUCAUUAUCUAAUACCCGAACUAUUACAAUAGCCUGCUGGUUGGUAUUACAACUUUAUGUAUCUUUCCACUCCAGUUCAUUCUCCACUUAUCUGACAAAUUAAUCUUCCUUAUACAUAGUUCUGACUAUGUUGCUCUACUCUCACUCUCUACUCAAAGAACUCUAGUGGCCCCUUAUUGCCUCUAGGAUCAUAUAUAACCUCCCCCCAACUCCAUUUUGUUUUAAAAGGCCUUUAAAGCCCUUCCUACCUUCCCAGUCUUCUUCUACUCUAUGACAUUGGGAUUCUUGCUGUUCCUUAAACAAGACACUCCAUCUCCCAACUACAUGCAUUUAUGAAUUUUCACUGGAUAUCUGUCCCCCAUACCUGGAACCAACCUUCUACUUCAUCACUGCCUUUUGAUCCUUUAAUGUUAAGGUUGCUAAGUCCUAUGUAAUCCUGACUGUAACUACAUGGUAUUUGAAUUGUUUCUUUUUAACUGCUUAUAGUAUUUUUUCCUUGGCUUGGGGGCUCUUGAAUUUAGCUAUUAUAUUCCUGGGAGCUGUCAUUUAAGAAUUUCUUUCUGGAGGUGAUUUGUAGAUUAUUUCAAUUUCUAUUUUACUGUCUUGUUCAAGAAUAUCUGGGCAGUUUUCUUUGAUGAUUUCUUGUAUUAUAAUGUCCAGGUCUUUUUAAAAAAAAUCAUUAUUCAUGGAUUUCAGGUAGUCCAAUAACUCUUAAAUUGUCUCUCCUGGAUCUAGUUUCCAGAUCAGUAGUUUUUCCCUCUUUAGUGCUCUCUCCUUUUACUUUAUAUUUGUUUCUGUAUCUACAGAAAUAAUGGCAUCUGAGAGGCUAAUUUGUAUUAAUAGAAUUUUCUACACCAAUGAAAUCACAGGCCAGGUUUUUAAAAAAUAAUGGUGAUGGGUGAAUUAGUUCAGAGAGAGAAAACCAAGGAUUAGGGGGAAAGGAGAUAUCCCCUUUUAAAGGUGGAGAUUCUGAGGUAAUAAGAACUCAGGGCAAAAACUUUUUAAUAUUUUUAAAAAUUAUCUGGAGGAAAGACUGCACAGUGAUAUCUCCAAGUCUGAAGCAGCUUAGAAGUAACAAGAUUUUGGGGAUCCUGAGCUAAGUUUUGGCACUAGACAAGGAUUCUGAGAGUUUGAGCAAUGAUGAGAAGGCAUUCCUGGCAACACGACUGCAUAUGGGUGGCAAAAUGCACUCAUAUGGUGUGGGAAAUGUGAUGUACUGAGUUUGGAGAAACAGCUGGAAUCCGGUUUGGUUGGAAUGUGAAGCACAUGGAGCAAUAUGAGAAAAAAAAUCAAGAAAGGGAGCGCCUUGAGAAUAGGAACUAUUUUUCAGCCACCUUUUUUUUUGGGGGGGGGUAUCCUCAGCUUUUAGCAGGCUGCUUGCCACAUAGAAGGCGCUUAUAAAGUGUUAUUUAACUGAACGUGGAUUGCUAAGGACUGUCUUUUAUUCAGUUUUUCAUGGAAAGUGGCAGUUAGACUUCUGCUUAAGAAAGAUUAUUUUGUCCGUUAAAGUUUUUAUAUUUCAUAGCUUAUUGUCCCUCAAAAUCACCAGCGGGUUACUCAGGCGUCGAUUUCUCCAUAUCUAUAGUCUCUAUAGUCUUUGAGCCUGUCCCAAAGCUUGGCUCCCCGCCCUCGCUGGCCCCGCCCCGGGAAGGUCUAACUACAUUUUGCCCUUAGUCUGCAGUUUGAGUUCCCUGCGCGCUUUGAUGUUCACAUUUUUGGAGAGGCGAUUUUCUAGCCCUAAUUGGAACCGAACUCGGGAGAAGUGAAAAGCACAAAGAAGGGCUGAAACACUGUUGUCAUGGAGAAAAACUAGGACUGCUUGGAGCAGAGGGAGGUGAUUGAAGCUAAACCGACUCCGAUUGACGAAAAGAUAGCUCUUCGUCUGCACCCAGAGCUUGGGAGAUCGAGCAGGCACGGGAAAAGUAUUACCAAAGGACCGAGACCUAUAUAGGAAGUAAUCAGCGAAAGCAGAAGCGGCCUAGCCCGCAUUAUUCUGGGAUUUGUAGUCGCAGGAGAUCCUCUAGACGCAAGCGCACUUUCGAGCUUUGUCUGGUAAUGCGCGCGCAGGCCUGACGCCAUAAUUGGUUCUUCGGCCAAACCCCCUCUUAUUGGAGGUUAGGCCAGUCCCUGGACUUAGUCUCAGGUACUUCUCUAGUAUCCAGCCUCUAACUCCUGUCUUGCUGUGAACUGGAGCUAGGCGGAUGGGACGGGGAUGGGGCUUGUUGUCCCAUCCGUUCUCUCUCCUGGGAAAAAGAGAAUGUGUGAGUGUCAGACAACUGCUCUGUGUGUAAUGUGUAUGUGUGUGUGUGUGCGUACAGAGACACUGCCAGUCACUAUAUAUUCACAUUUCAACAGAAUAAAUACCAUCAGGGUAAGGUUUCCUUGUCUCCUAGCAGAGUUCCAUGCCUGUAUACUAUAUACUUUAUACUUAUUGUUUAUUGAAUUGAAUCUAAGUGUUUGUUGAAUGAAUGAAACUCAUCAGUUAUCCUUUUGGAUGCCCGACUUUCUGGCUUAUUUCUAAAGUACCCUGCUGGACCCACACUGAUUGCGGUUGCUAGGUUUUGAAUGUUGAUUAUCAUUUACUCUUAGUCCACAGCAGUGAUACAUAGAGUCUACAGGUUUCCAGUAGUGAGUGCCAGAGGAAGAGUUUCCUAAUGAAGAGGCAGAGAUCUCAGCUGCAUAGUGAAGGUCCUGGAUAGCCCCUGAACCUCCCAGACUCCGGGAAUCAGAAAUACAUGCCAGGAGCAUGCACACCUGACAUCUGAGAACUUUGGCCAGAGCUUCUGAAAAUGCUAAAUAAGGUCGCAGAAGUGACAGAAACGAAUCCUGACCAAUCUGCCUGGGUAAACAGGACUGAGAUAAAAGUAGAAUGUCCAAAAACCGGCCUUGGAAAAGCUGACCAGGAUGCCUCAGGAGACAGCUUUGCCUUUUUAAGAAUCUGCCCUUCACAAGAAGGCAGCACUGAGAGGAAGAGCAUGACCUCUUGGCUCUUGACUACCAGAUUCCAGGAGUCAUUGACAUUCAAGGAUGUAGCUGUGGACUUCACCCAGGAGGAGUGGGGGAAAUUAGACUCUGGUCAGAAAUACCUGUAUAGGGAUGUGAUGCUGGAGAACUACAGGAACCUGGUCUCACUGGGGCAUCAAGGUUCCAAACCAUAUGUGAUUUCCCAGUUGGAACAAGGACAAGAGCCUUGGAUAGUAGAGAGAGAAAUCUCAAGAAAUGACCAUAAAGACUGGGGGACCAGGCCUGAACCCAAGGAUCCAAUUCCCAUACAAGACAUUUCUGAAAAGAAAACAUCCCAGAAGGCAACACUGGAAAGAUUCACAAAGGAUGGUAUCUGGUACUCUAAAUUAGGUAAAGCCUGGAAGUCUGAUGAUCAGUUUAGGAAGCAACCAAAUAACAAGGAAAAAUAUCCGAGGCAAAUUACAGUUUCCCCUAAAAAUUUUUCCCUUGGUAAGAUAGACGCUGAGUGUUAUGAAUUUAGUCUGAACUCAAUCCUUGUUUCAGAACAGAGAGUUCCUACAAGAGAGAAAGACCUUGAAUGUGAUGUAUUUGGGAAAACUUUCAGAAGCUCAUAUCUUUUUCAACACCAUAUAACUCAUACUGGAGAAAAACCCUCUGAAUGUAAUUUACAUCUAAUGGAACACCAGAAAAACUAUAUAGGGAAGAAAAUAUAUGAGUGUAAUGAAUGUGGAAAAGUUUUUAAUAAGGGUGCCCUGCUUAAGCAGCAUCAGAGGAUUCAUACCGGAGAGAAACCUUAUAAAUGUAAUGACUGUGGGAAAGCUUUCAGACUUCGUGGAAACCUUACUCAACACAGAAGGAUUCAUACUGGAGAGAAACCCUAUAAAUGUAAUGAAUGUGGGAAAGCCUUCAGACUGCAUGGGCACCUUACUCAACAUAAAAGAAUUCAUCCUGGAGAAAAAAUAUUUGAAUGUAAUGAAUGUGGAAAAGCUUUCCAUAGGGCUGCACUUUUAUUGCAACACAAGAGAAUCCAUACUGGAGAGAAACCCUAUAAAUGUAAUGACUGUGAAAAGGUUUUCAGUAAUAGUGCCCUCCUCAUGCAACAUCAGAGAAUACAUACUGGAGAGAAACCCUAUGAAUGUAAUGAAUGUGGAAAAGCCUUCAGACUUAGAGGAAACCUUACUCAACAUAAAAGAAUCCAUACUGGAGAAAAACCCUAUCAAUGUAAUAAUUGUGGGAAAGCUUUCAGUAAGGGGACACUACUUAUUCAGCAUCAGAGAGUUCAUACUGGAGAGAAACCUUAUGAAUGUCAUGAGUGUGGAAAAGCCUUCAGACUUCGUGGAAAUCUUACACAACAUAAGAGAAUUCAUACUGGAGAAAAACCCUAUAAAUGUAAUAAUUGUGGGAAAACCUUUAGUCAGAGUAAACACCUAACUCAACAUCAGAGAAUUCAUACUGGAGAGAAACCCUAUGAAUGUAAUGAAUGUGGGAAGGCAUUUUGUGAUAGAUCAUCCUUGACUAAACAUCAGAGGAUUCAUACUGGAGAGAAACCUUAUGAAUGUAAUGAAUGUGGAAAAGCUUUCAGUAGGGGUGCACUCCUUACUCAACAUCAAAGAGUCCAUACUGGCGAGAAACCCUAUAAAUGUAAUGAUUGUGGGAAAGCAUUUAGUAAGGGGGCACUCCUUAGGCAACAUCAGAGAGUCCAUACUGGUGAGAAACCAUAUAAGUGUAAUGAAUGUGGAAAAGCCUUCAGACUUCGUGGACACCUUACUCAACAUAAAAGAAUUCAUACUGGAGAGAAACCUUAUGAAUGUAGUGAAUGUGGGAAAACCUUCCGCCAAAGCACAGACUGUACUCAACAUCAGAGAAUCCAUACUGGAGAGAGACCUUAUGCAUGUAGUGAAUGUGGGAAAGCAUUUUGUGACAGGUCAUCUUUGACUAAACAUCAGAAGAUUCACACUGGAGAAAAACCUUAUGAAUGCAAUGAAUGUGGAAAAGCAUUCAUUCGAAGCUCAUAUCUUAUUCAACACCAUAUAACUCAUACUGGAGAGAAACCCUUUGAAUGUAAUGAAUGUGGGAAAGCCUUCAGCCUGCAUGCAAAUCUUACUCGACAUCAGAGAAUUCAUACUGGAGAAAAACCAUAUAAAUGUAAUCAUUGUGGAAAUGCAUUUAGGCAUAGUUCAGCCCUGAUCAGGCAUCAAAGAGUUCACAAUGGAAAGUAAUCCUGGGAAUUUAGUAAAUGUUGUAGCCACCUUUUAGAUAUAGUUUUCAUUCCCUAUGAUCAUGUUAUCACAUUUGUUAUCAUGUGUGAUUGUGUUUGGUGUAGUUUAAUGAAAAAUAUACUUUUCACAUUUACCCACCCUCCCUCACCUAUGUACUUUCUCUUCUACUAUAUAUAUACAUACUAUUGCCUAUAAGGGAGCUCAUACUCAUCCCCCCAAAAAAUUAUGAUCAAUUUGUCUAAUUAACUCAACCAACAAAUUUAUUGGCUGAUAACCACUUUUGUAUUUGAGUUUUAUUAAAUUACCAAUUUUAUGUUUUUGUGAAACUCCUACUAAAUAUUUUUGCAUCACUUUUCAUAAUAAAACACUAGUGAUGUAUGAAUACCUAACAUGAGUUGAUACCAAUAGAAAUUAACUUUUUUUUUUUUACUUUAAGUGAAUUGGUCUGUUUUUCUUAGAAUCAACAUUAUUCAAGACUUAUGGGGAAGUUUGCUUAUGUAAAUUGUUUAGUGACCUAGUUUUCUUUAAAAGGACAAAAAUGAUUUCAUUUUAAAAAUAGAAAUCAUGGGAUGUUAGUGCAAGAUGUUGAACAGAAAAGACUGAAGGAAGCCAGGUUCCUCUACUACCACCUAAUCAUCAUGCAAAUUCACUAAAAAAUUCAUACAAAAGAUUUGAAAGCAACCAAAAUUUAAAAUGAACAAAAUAAAAAGAGUUUUAAUACAAUUAAAAAAUAGUCACUCAUGUGAAUUGACCAAAAUGCCAGGAGCAAUGAAGAUAGGAAAAGAAACUGCACAAAGAUGUUUCAUGAGAUGUCAUGAGGUAAAGAAAUCACAUUUUCAAAGAAAUUGAGUAAAAAUUGACAAUGCUAACAGAAUUACCUGAUCAAAUAAAAGAAGAAUUUGAAGGAAGUAAGAAAUUAAGUGAGAAUUAAGAGGCAUAAAAAAUAAGAGUAAAUGGAAAAUACAGUAAGAAACCUCAGAAAUCCAUAGCAACUAUAGACUCAUUUCAGUGGAAAAUGGAAUUACAUUGAAUACAGCAACUGGAAAUCCAGGCUCAUGGAAUUACCCAGACUACUAGAAAACACAUCUAAGUGAGAGACCUGAAUGUUAUGUAACAAUUCAGUAGUCCAAGCAUUGUCGAUACUCAGACCAUUUAGAAAAACAAAAGACUCUAGAAACGGCAUUUCAGAAAAUUUUCUGUUUCCUAAAUAAUGUAGGCAUGUCAAACUCAACAUGUCCAAAACAGAAUUUAUUAUUACUCAAUUCCACCCCACCCUAAAUGCACACUUAUUCCUAACAACCAUUUCUGCCAAAGGCACCAUCAUCCUGCCAGUUAAGCAGGUUCACAACUUUAGAGUCAUUCUCUACUACUUACUCUUUCUCACCUUAUACAUCCAAACAUUUGCCAAGACUUGGUUGUUUCUACCUCCAUGACAUCUCUCACAACUAUCUCCUCUUCAUUUAUAGGAUCACCAUCUGAAGAGUAUACCUCAUGUGAACUAUUGCAAUAUUCUCCUAAUUGGUCCCUUGCUUCUAGUCUCUCUCUAAGACAUCCUUUAUUCAGCUACCAAAAUGAUGUGUCUAAAGCACAAGUCUAAUUAUGUUAGUUCCCUAUUUGGUAAAUUCCUAUGAUUCCCUAUUACUUUUCAGAGCACAUAUAAAACUACUCUGUUUGGCAAAGUCCUUCACAGCUCAUUUCAACUUAACUUUCCAUCUUUAUUAUAUACUGCUACAUGGUCCAGUUAAACUGACCUUCAUGCUGUUCCUUAUAUACAUUCUUCCCUCUCCUGUCUCUGUGCCUUUUCAUAGAUAGCCCUCAAACCUACAAUGUACUUCCCUCCCACUUCCAUGUCAUAGAAUUCCUAGAUUAUUUCAAAGCUGAGCUUAAACACCACCACCUAUGUGAGGCCUUUAUGUUCUCCUCAAUUGCUAAUAUCUCCCCUUCAAGUUAUCUUGUAUUUAUUUUUUAUUUAUUUCUAUGUAUACAUGUCUACCCCAACAGAAUAUAAACUCUCUGAAGGCAGGGAAUGUUUCAUUUUUAUUUUUGUAUCUCUAUUAUCUACUAAUGUACCUGGCACAUAGUAGGCAUUGAAUAAAUGCUUAUUGAUAAAUCAAAAUUGUCAAUAUUUUCAGAAUUGGUGAAAACAACUAGCUAAAUAUAAAUUGAAUAAAAAACACUUCCAAAGAAAAAUCAAAUCUAGAUAUAUCAUAUUUAAACCACAGCAUUAUUUUUAACAUACAUUUAACUUCCAACAUUAUUUUUAAUUUGCAACAUCUAAAGUACAACAAUGAUAGGGAACAAUCUAUUGUUAUAAGAAUUGAAUAUAUAACUCAUCAGGAAAUAAUUAGCAUCAAAGUAAACUUUUCAAGAAGAAAAAUCUAACAAUGAAGAAAGUAGAACCUACAUUUACAAAAUUAAGAUGCAUAAGUCAUGAAUCCAAUGUUAAUUGACCCAAGAAAAUUAACCAUGUUUUUUUAGAUGAAGAAAGUAUAUAGAUAGUUGAGAAGUAAAUACAAUUUAAAAAAUUUAUAGAACUCUGUCUCUGCAAUUCUUCAAAAAACCAACAUGUCACUCUUAAGAGAAGUACUUUAAAACAAACAAGAUCUAAAAAGUGAUAAAAUAUGAAACCUCUUAAAACAUUGAUUAAAUCACUGAAGGUAUUAAAAGGAUAUGUCAAAUAAACAGUGAAAAAGCCUUACUAUUUUUUUUUAUUUUUUUUUUUUUAAAAAGCCUUACUAUUAAAGUGGAAAGGAGCAAGGUAAAUCACAACUAUCUUUGAUAAAAGGAAAUCCAAGUUAAAGUAAACCAUCAUAAUUACUACUGUAUGUCCAAACAACAUCAGCCACUUUGUUUAAAGUUCUUUUCAGUUUGAAUUAAUAGGAAAGAAACUAAGAAAUUUUAUAUUUCCUUCUGAGUGGGUCAAGAAAAGACAUGUAUGCAAGAUUUACAAGUUCAUAUCCAGCUUAUAAGCUAUUUGUGACUUGAAAAAUAGUAAUAGAGAAUUGCCUAAGUCUCAGACAAGUAAAGUGCUUAUUAUGAAGUAAAUAAAUGUUUUCUGAAUAAAGUAGCUUGUCCAUGGUCACAGAGGUAGAGCUAAGAAUCAGAGGCAAGAUUUAAGCCCAAAUUUUCCCAGGUGUCAAGGCCAAAAACAUCCACUAUUUCACACUGCUUCUCUUUACGAAAACAAACCUAAGAACUAUAACUGAAUACAAAUUGGCCAAACUCCUCAAAUAAAGUACAAAAUAGUCACAGACAGUAUUAAGAAAAAUCCCAGUCCAACAACAUGCUUAUAGGAAAAAGUUAAUUCAGAAAUAUCAGUAGAUUUUGGUAUGGAAGACUAGUUUAAAAUUCACCUUGCUUCCAAAUCAUGAUAUUAAUCAAAAUUAAAUUUGAACCAGAAAGCAAUAAAAAAGUUAAUGUAACACAUUAUCCCAAAAGUUCUCAUAAAAGAUAGAUUGUGCUAUAACAAUCUUAAAUGUAAAUACAUAUAUAUAUAUAUCCAUCUAAUAAUUCUGCUACACAAUUCACAAAAGAAAACGCAAUAGCCUUACAAGAAGGAAUGGACUAAAAUGAUUGUUUGGAGAUUUCAAAACUUCUUUUUCAGUAUAUGACAAAUCUAUCAAAAAGAUAAAGAGAUUAUUGAGUUUUUAAAGUAUUUAAGUAUUUAUAAUAGAUAUAUAAAGAGAAACUGGGUUAAACAAAGAAUAUUCCUUUUUUUAUUCAUUGAACUUCUAUAAAAGUGGGUCAUGUGCCAAGCAAAUAAAGGAAACCAGAAACUAUGCACUGUUUUACAUUCCAUAAUGCAAUAACAGUAAGUAAUGAUUCUAUGAGAAAGGUCCCUAUGGAAAAUAAGCAUAAUCUUUAAAGACUAAUUAAAUGAAGAAAUUCUAGAAAUAAUAUAGGUUACAUCAAAGAUGUGGAAUUGUAUAUUAAAACCUAUGGUAUGCAGGUAAAAAUAGUGUUCAGAAAAAUCCAUAUCCCUGAAAAACCUGUAUCAGGAAGAAAAAUAAAAAAACUAAACAUUAUUGGGAAUGCAGAUGAUGUCAUAAUUUGAGAAAAUGUUUUGACAACAUGUAUGUAGUAAGAGUCAAAAAAUGUGUUCUGUAUAUGAUUUCAUCACUAGGACUCUAAAGACAUCAUAGAAAUGAAAAAAUUUGAUAUAAAAAUAUUCUAGCGAUUCUCUACAUAAUGGGAAAUUUUUUAAACAAUCUAAAUCAACAAUUAGAGAAUAGUUAAAUAAAUUGUUAUUAAUAUAAAGUGACAUUAUGGUGCUAUAAAUGUUAAAUAUGAAGGAUAUGAAGAAAUGUGAAAAAAACAUUAAGUGAUUUAGAAUCAAAUCAGAAGUAGAAUUAUAUAUACAGUGACUAAAACUACAAAAUAAAAACAAAGAGAAGUAAAAUGAGCCUAAAAGUAGCAAGAACUCUAGAUGGUCCUAGAAAGAGAUAAAGAAAAGCAUUUUCCUCAUCUAUGGUUGGUUCUCCUUCGUUAAACUUUUUUUGGAACAAUAUAUUGCCCCUUAUAUGUUUAUUUACUUUUGUUGUUGUUGUUAGUUAAGUUUAUAAUAAUAAAAUAAAUCACUUUUAAUCAUAGCAAUUCAUGAAAUAAUCUUCUGAAGAAUGUGUUAGAUAAAUGAAGUACUCAGACUUCAAAACAAAAAAAAAAAUUUAAAUGCACAAACCUUUGAAAUAAAAUAUUGUAAUUUAGGAAAAAUAAUCACUGAGAGCAAAAGAACUGAACAAAGAAACAAUAGUGAAACCUCAUGAUAUUGCUGGAAAGUGCUUUAAAUUGAAAUACUCUUCAAUCUUCUCUACCAAGAUCCUGAUACCUAACAUUUUGUAGAAAUGACUGCAGAUAGUAUAAUUAGCUUGAGUGAAAUAUCUGUACAUAUCAAGCAUUUAAAGUGUUUGUAAUUCAACAGACAACACAAUAACAAAUUCAAAUGUCUUUCAGUAUUGAUAGUUUCAAUUGUAUAUCAGUAGUUUCCUAAUGGACCUCUGUAAUUCCUUAUUUGGUACUGCUGAAAAAAGACAAAGCCAUUUAGUGACUUUUGGAGAAACUGAUUUAGGGAUGCAUUUAGCAAGCGCAGGAAUAAAGGGGUCUUUUCUUGGUCAUUCUGUUGUUUUUGGAAGCAGAAUGGCUUCCUGUUUUUUUGAACUUCCAUCUCAGCAGCACCAAAAAAAAACUUCAUCUUUUACACUGUUAGGACAGAACUGCCUUGAAAAUGCAUUGAACAACAUUGACUAACACUAAUAUUUUUCAUUUUUUUAAUUCAUUACUAUGUUGCAAAUUCAAAUAUAAAAACAUCAAAACAUUAGUUUUGUUGGGAACUAAAACUCAAAGGCUACCAUCAUGAAAUAAAUCCAUAAAAGUCAAUAUAUUUUAUUCAUAAUCCUGCAUGCUGUCCCAGAACACUGGAUUAUGAUUAGAACAAUUUUUCCUCAAUCCUUUUUUAUCAGCUGUUUGGAAGGGUGGUGGGUGAUAAGACUAUACACUAUGGGAAUAAAGGGGAAAACAAGGAUGUGUUGAUAUUAUCUCUAUGUCCCACAUAUUUGUGUUUAUAUAUCUGUGCCUGUUACUAUUAAACUAUGUUUUUGAAAAUUAAUGCCUAGUUAUGAAAAGAUUUUUAUUGAGCUUGGACUCAAAGUUAUAUCUUUCAGCUCUGCUAAUGAGUAUGGAGCUAGGACAAAGUUAAAGAGAGAGAAAUAUAAUCUGGAACUUGAGCUCAUGCUUUAAACAGCAUGGAAAGACAAGGCCAAAGAUAAUUAUUGAACCAAUCAAUGAUGUUUAAUUCAUCUAGGAAAACUGAGAUCAUAGAAUCUGAUUCAGUCAAGAAUUGAGAAGAGAUGAUGAGUGAAUGAGUGAAUUUUCAAGAGACCAUAGUGUUUUAAUUACAGGAGUCCUGCAGAUUAUGGAGAAAGCACAAGGCCUGAAAUUUGUGGGGUUAAAAUGACUCAGUGGCAUAGAUAAAGAUUCUUUCUUGCUCAGUAACCAAGAGGAAGAGUUUUCCAUGUUCACAGUUAAUAGUCUGGGCUGAAAUAUCUUGUGAUUGAUUAAAUGAAAGUUUCUAAGAGAAAGGUAUAUUUUUAAAAUGUUAGGCUUCUAUUCCCAUGACAGAAGGUUGAGUUAAACAGAUUCAAGAGGACUAUCACUGAGUUUGUUCGUUCAGUUUCAUGACAAAGGAGUUAGAAAAGAGCUAAUGUUGAGUAUACAACCUGUUGGAAAGAAAUUAUGCAGGAGAGGAGAUUUAAGAAAAGUAGACCAAAUUCCUAUAGGUGGGACAGAGAACUAGGAUUAAAUCACUGGAAGCUUGCAAUUUGUAAACUCUCCCCUUUGCCUUUUAUUGUGGCAUCUUAUAUAGUCUCUAGUAAUGGUUUAUGUAAACCUCUUUUUAAAACUCUGAGCAUGAUGGGCUGUAUUUGGGGAAACAGGUGAAAAGUUAGAAGAAUCUAUUGAGUUUGGAAGAAGCCUCCAGGCCCUUUCCCAUGAUGACCUGGGAACCAGAAACCCAAGAACCAGAAAGACUUCAGCAGAUGAGAAUAGCAACAAAUGGGUUCGUGGGUUUGGAAAACUUACAUGUGACAUUAGACUUGAGGAAUGGCAAUAUUGGACCCAUAUAUUCCAGACCUGGGCUUUCCUGUGCCAUAUGUAGUCUGGUGCAAUUUACUUGGAUGGAGUUGAAUACAAGACCAUCUUAUGCCAGAGCUUUAUUCAGCAAGAACAACUAAAUAUCUGGAGUCAGUAAAUUAGUCAAAAAGUAUUCAUUGAGGCUUAUUAUGUACCAGAUGCACAAAGAGAGGCAAAAACAGUCGUUGCUCCCAAGGGACAUAUAUUCUAAUGGAAGAAACAACAUGAGAAUAACUAAUUACAUAUAAACUACAUAUAAAAAGAAAUUGAUGCCUAUCUAAGAAGGGAAGGGACACCAGCAGCUGGGUACAGUGACAUGUUCAUUGUCCACUGAUGCUGCAAGUAAGUACAUGUGUUUUUCUCAUUUAACAGGUAAUAAAACUGGGGUGGAGAGGGUAAUGCAACUUGCCUACACGGUGUAGCUAAUUUAUUGUGGAACUCAGUAAAGUUUGCUCAGUUAUGAAUUCUCUUUUUUUGGUAUACUAUACUGCUUUUCAGUUCUAAUAUCUUAAAUAAGUAGUGUCAAACUCAAAAAGAAAUGGCGGCCACUAAAUUGCACAGGAGCCCCUGUAAACACAUAUUAAGUUAGAAAACUACAUGUUAAUAUCUAUAUUGUAUUUUUAGAUAUUUUGUUAAAUGCUUCUCAGUUUCAUUUUAAUCUGGUUCCAGCCACCAUGGGGAGUGUGAUGUGCUACAAUGUGUUUGACACUUCUGCCUUAAAUGUAUAAUUUCAUGUAUAUCUCCUUUGAAGUAGAUAGUGCAAGCUAGCCAUUCGAUAAGCAUUUUUUAAAGUGCCUACUAUGUACUAAACACUUGGGAUAUAAAAAAAAGGCAAAAGAUAGUACCUCCUCUCAAGAAGCUCAUAAUCUAAUGAGCAAAUAUUUAAGAUGCUUUGUUAAAAAUUCAAAUGGAACAGCAAUGCAAUUAAUCUUGCUUAGUAACUAUAUUUAAUUUAUUUUUCAGGGCAUAAAUGUGAUAAUUAUUCAUUCUCCCUCUAUUUCUAUCUAGAUUCUUUGUCCACUCAUGUUUUUAUUUGCUUUUCCUCAUAUGUGACAUUUGAUGGUUUUUCUGUAUGCUUUUCCCCUUUUGCAUUAUUUAAUAAAGAUGCUUCCAGAUUUCUUUAUAAUCCUUAUAUUUAUUGAACUUCCUUGUAUUAUGGUAUUCCAUUACAUUAAUGUAUCACAAUUUACAUUACAUUUCCCUUCCUUGUUGGAAUUUUAGGUUGCUUCCAUUUUUUAAAAGUGUCAAUUCCAUAUAAUGCUGCUCUGAAAAUCCUCAGGUUAACUUUUGAAGGUUAAGAAUGCAAGGCCACUUUUUUUAUCAGCUUUUUUUCAAUAUUCUUCUUGAAAUUCUGAUCCAUUUGUUUUUCCAUAGAAUGUGAAUGUCAUAUUAUCUACUUCUGUAAAGAAGCCCUUUAGUAUUUUUAUAAGCAUUGUAUUAAAUCAGAAAAUUAAUUUGGAUAAGUACCAUCAUUUUUAUUAUAUUAAUCUGACCCACUCAUGAAAAGUGACUAAUCCUGUAAUUAUUUAGGUCUUCCUCUUAUUCCAUCCAUUAUAGUUUCAUAGUAGUUAUUAUAUAGGUCCUAUGUAUUUCUAGCAGAAGCAAUUUUUCAAUACCUGAUUUUCUCUCUUUAUGAAUGAAAUUUCUUAUGAUGUUUUCUUGUUAAAUAAAAAUGUAAAGUUUUUUGUA